AAGACAGCGAAGCUAACAGCCCAGCUUUCAAGAAACUCCGCAGUCUCUCCAAAAUUGUGGGACUGGCGAUGGAUGCUCUCGGAGCCCAAGAAGAGGCAGAAAGGCCCCGACAUCGACCUUUUCUUAUAGGGGUCAGUGGAGGAACGGCCAGCGGCAAGUCAACAGUUUGCGCCAAGAUCAUGGAGCUCCUGGGCCAGAACAAGGUGGACCAUCGCCAGAGGCAGGUGGCUAUUAUAAGCCAGGACAGCUUCUACAGAGUCCUGACUCCAGAGCAAAAGAUGAAAGCGUUGAAGGGCCAGUACAACUUUGAUCACCCGGAGGCGUUUGACAAUGAGUUAAUGUACAAAACCUUGAAGGACAUCGUGGAGGGACAGGUGGUUGAAGUUCCAACGUAUGAUUUCGUCACCCAUUCCAGGUUGGAGGACCGGAUCACAGUUUACCCAGCUGAUGUGGUCCUCUUCGAGGGGAUCCUGGUCUUCUACAUGCAGCAGGUGCGGGAUAUGUUUCACAUGAAGCUGUUCGUGGACACGGAUUCAGACGUCAGACUGUCUCGCAGAGUUCUGCGAGAUAUGAACAGAGGUAGAGACCUGGAGCAGAUUCUCACUCAGUAUACGACGUUUGUAAAGCCUGCUUUUGAGGAGUUUUGUUUGCCUACGAAGAAGUAUGCCGACGUCAUCAUUCCGAGGGGAGUUGACAAUAUGGUUGCCAUUAACCUCAUCGUCCAGCACAUUCAAGACAUACUGAACGGCGACAUCUGUAAAUGGCAGCGGGGAUCCAUUAACAGUCACGUGAGGGGCUUCAAGCGCGCCAUUUCCGAGCAGGGCGACCUGCAGAUCGGAGCAGCUAACCCUCCUGGAGGGAAAAGAGUCCUGCUGGAGCCCAGUUGUCGACCCCACUGAGAGAGAAGACUUUGCUGGAUGUGUUCAGGCUGUGAAUAUGAUCUUUUGAGCUGAGGUCGUUGCUGCAAAUUUGUGCGGGAUGGCUCUCAGUGCUGCAACCUCUUCAUUUUACAGUUUUUAUUGGUGCACAACCAGUAAUUUUAUCGAGAACCUGUAACAGUCUUCCAUGAUAGUCUUCGAUUUUUUUCAGUUUUGACUUGUCGUCAGAUGCCGUUACUGAAACAGAUGGAAAUGCGUUAGAGGGAUGGAGCAUUAUUUAAACUUUUAAUGUCAGUCACGCUUUGCACCUUAUAUUUAUACUGGCUUUAAAUGAAAAGAUCACAAAGACUCAUCUGUUGUAGCUUUGUCGCUUUCGGUGUUUUGUUUUUAACUUAUUUAAACCACGUUUCAGCAGUGUCGGACAAAUUGAGUGCUUCCUUUGAAUCAUUUACAGUUGAAUACAUGCCUUAAUUUUUUUUAAGUUCAUUUUCCACUGACCAAUCUGUCCAACAAUAAAUGGAACUUCUAUGAAAAAGU